UCAUGCAAGUCUAAAUAACAGAUAUAAAUAGCAAAGAAGGGGUAUUUGUGUCUAUUAAUCCUUAACCAAUCAUAUCCCAACAAGUGUUGUGAAAGGUAGAAUAGAAUCAAAAGCUUAAACCUCAUAUAAACCUCUCUCAGUCUCCCCAUACUUUCAUUCUGUUCUGUAAUUCCCUGAACUAUUAUCUGUCCUUCAAAAUGGCAGACCCCAACAUUUACAAGUUCCUCACCUCCAACGAUCCAAGACCCACCAAACGACAAGCCCCCCACCCCCAACAAAACCCACAACCGCCGCUACCUCAGCCUCCAACAACCUCCGCUACCCGCCUCUUUCAAUGUCUUUACUGUUCCAGAAAGUUCUACAGCUCCCAAGCUUUGGGUGGCCACCAAAAUGCCCACAAGCGUGAGCGAGCUGCUGCACGUAGAAACUUCAACUACCCAUCCAUCAACACGGAGCUUCCUACUCCCCCACUCACUUUCGGUUCUCGCCGUCCAACCCACCAACUUCCUUCUUGUGAACACCACACUGCACCACCCUUCCCCGUUGAUCCGUUCCAGCAAGAAUACCAGUACCCGUCCACCUCCGGUCCUCCUCCUCUUGUUACUUAUCAUGGUUGUGGCUCCGUUACUCCCGAUGGUCCGUCUCCCGCACCCGCUGAUAAUGCGGACAAAGUUAACAAAGUUGAUCUCACUCUCCAUUUGUGAUGCUUUUUGUUCGUUUCUUUUUUCUUGGGUCAUUUCAUAUCAGUUACAGUUGAAUAGGGCUUGUGGGUUUUGAGUACUUGAUCUGAGAAUAAAAGAGAAAUGGUGGUUAGCUAGGGUUAAAGGAUGCUAUAUAAAAAGAAAAAAUAUAUAUGGAUAGAAGAUGUCUUGCGUAC